UGGAGGUGGAGGUUGAGGAAGAAGAAGAGGGAGGAAGCGAUGUCGGCAGCUGGUUCGAACGAGAGAAGGAAGGGAAAAAAGUUGAGGUGCUGAACGCCAAGCAUCCGUCGAAAAUUCGGCCCUCUUCCGCCGCCCUUCGUCCCGGCCCAGACCUGCGCCGCAUCCACGACUAGAUCCAACCCCGGCUGUCUGCAAUUGCGACGCUCUUUGAUUUGCUCCGUCUUCUUCGCUCAGUCGCCUCGCCUCGUCUCUGUCCUGCGCCUCCUCGCGUUGGCCGGUAUAACGGCCACGUCCGGUUCUUCCACCCGCUUUUUUUGCCGCAUCUCCCCGACAUCCUCCAUUGACAGUUACCGCGAAGAUGAACUCGAACUUCGUCACUGCCUUGACAAGGGCCCUGCCUACUGUUGGCCGCUCGUGUCAGCUUCGUGCCUCUGCCUUCCGUCUUACCAGGCCGUUCUCUUCGACCCCAACCAUUCUCGAAAGUGCGAAGGAGAAGAACCGUCAGAUCGAAAGGCAGAUUCUGAACACCCCUGCGGAGCAACAACCUUCCUCUGACAAUGCGUCGAUCUCUGCAAUCACUCAGAUGAUGCAGGGCGAGUCGGGUCGCACGAAGCAGAACGUGAGUCGCGACUACGUCAGAAUGGCUGAGAGCUUAGAAGACGAGAUGAUCAAACAGCCUUAUGCCGACCGGACUCCUCCCCACCACCUCCAUGUCUACUGCCAUAAGCACAACACUUUGUUGACGCUGACCCGGCCAAACGGAGACCCCAUGAUGGCCCUGAGCUGCGGUCAUCUUGGUUUCCGGAAAGGAAAGCGUGCGGGUUACGAACCGGCCCAUCAAUUGUCGGCCCACGUCUUCGCCCAAAUACAGGAGAGAGGAUACCUGAUGGAUAUCAAGCGCUUGGAGAUUAUCUUCCGUGACUUUGGACCCGGUCGUGAGGCUUUCACCAAGGUUUUGCUGGGCAACGAGGGACGGAACAUCCGCGGCCUGGUUUGCCAGGUGACGGACGCAUCCCGAGUGAAGUUUGGUGGUUCGAGAAGCCCCAGGGUCCGUCGUCUUUAAGAGGGCCGACUUGGUUGGCGGGGAUUGUUUGUUGCUUUUGACAGAGGGAUGUGCAUUGCUAGAACAUCUGGCACCAGAGCAAGGGAUGGGAUUGAUCGGUGAUGCCCCGCGAUGGGCCCUACUAGUCCAGCCAGAUGGUGACUCUG